CUCCCACCCUGUCUGUAAUUGGUUAAAAAGCAAAUCCUUUUUGGCUGCUGAAAAGCCAAACUGUUAAGCCUUUCAGGCAAAUAAAAAAUAUUUUUGUUCCAAAGCACGUGGAAAGAGAAAUUAUUUUGAAUUAGUUAUUGAGAAUAAUUUGUGGAUAGUUGAUGCACUUUCUGUGCUGUUAUUGGGCAUUGUUUUUAUACCUGAGAUCUUUCACUGAUCACCAUUGUUAAGGUAUAUAGUACUGGGAUUUGGCUGUGUUUAAUGUAAUUUCAUUUUCUGGCACAAGGAUUAUAUAAUCUAUGUAUAGUUAAGACCAUUGAGAAUGUAUCUCUGAGGCAAGGACUAGUGUUCUUCUAAGAACUGAUUUAGUUGGGCACAGCUGUUACUAGUGGCUUCUGCCCACUGUCUGAAAAAUGCUGUUCUUCAAAAGCUACUGAUGUUUCAUUCCACAACCAAAAUACCGAAUCAAGGAAGAUACAGAGUAUCUUCGUUAUUUUUAUCAUGUACUAUGGAUUGUCUGUUGUUGUCUCUUGGAUGUUUUUUUUAAAAUUAGAAUGAGAUUUCCUCAUGAAUAAUGAAAUCAAUGUCUUUUGCAGCCAAAAUAAACACCAUAUGGUCAGGGAGAAAGGGACCAGGAAAAGAUGAGGAAGGCAUGGCAGCUGAAGCUCAUUAGGAAACAAAAUGGACUGAAUGGAAACAGAGGGGCCAGGUGAGAAUAGACUAAGUCUUACCAUCCAGGGUGGGAUCACACCUUUGUUACAUUCAAUACUCUGGUUUCAGCAUUGGUGUUGAUAUUUCAACGGAGGUGAAAAAUCUGUGGUGUACGUAGCUUGUGUGUACAGUGUUACAAAUCAAGCAUAGCUCAUUUCUGUUCCUGCAAAUGCUUGUCAUAUUUUUUUAAGGAAAAAGGUGGCAGGGUAAAUGAGUUGAGAUGCUCAGGAGAAAAAGCAGUGGACAUAAGUUUUGUGAUCUCUUAACCAUCUAAAUCUGGGAUGAAGAAGCUUUGUUCUUGCAGUUGAAGACGAUGGUAAGAACUUAAGUGUAGGUGUUGAGUGUUAAUUGCCAUCUUUCCCUUUCUUCUAGUUGAUGACUAGGAUUCCACUAAUACUGAGCUUUGAAGCAUGUGUCAGGAUUUUGGGUGUAACCUCGGGGUACUGUACUACAGGCUUUAUGAACCGAAGUUAUGCCUUUGUGGGAACUUCCCUGUGGGACACUCAGCUGUUGUUGCAGGGCACACUGCAACAGGUAGUAGCAUUGCAAAGGGUAACAGACCAGCAUCUGAGGUUUGUUGGCUUCUGGAGGAUGACUUCUCUUCACUUGAAUGGCUCUUUCAGGUGAAAACUUGAAGACUCCAGGCAAAUAUCACCAGAGAUUUAAAGACACAUCUCUCCUUGGAUAGACAUUUUUGUUCCUGCUAUUGUUUUUCUAAUGCAUGUAUGAGGAUGACACCCUAUCACUUGUUAGGAAACUCCAGAACCUUUGUUCCACAGUCUUCAAAGUUGUCUUAGAGCUCACUGACCUCUGUGCAACUUUAUUCAUGUGAUGUGGGUAUCUUGCUGCCUGUGGAUUUAUUUUGGCCGCAGCUGACCCUUAAAAGAAAGAGCUGGAGCCUAGAGACUGUAUAUGGAAUGUGCAUGUUUGAUUGAUUCCCCCUGCCCCUCCAUGCUAAUCCCACAAGCUGUACCAAGCACACGAGCUGUUUGCCGUGUUUUUAGAUGCAGAGGCUCCAGCGCAGGCUGGGAUAGCUACCUUGCAAUGCUCUGAUGCAACAGCACAGUAACGAUGGAUGUUAAGGGGCUUUUCUGUAUAUUAUCUCAAAAAUAUUUUCUGUCCUAUGGAUGGAUUUAUCCCUAAUAAAAUGUCAUGUAUGAAUAAGAACAAGGCAAAUGGCAGGUCUGGCUGGAGUGCAGUCUCAAGGCUGUGAGCGCAUCUCUAUAGAGCUGUGUGCCCAAAGUUCAUCCCUUGUCAUUGGGGAGCUACACUGUCUGCUCUGGUAGCGCUAGAGGGGGCCCUAGGACAGAGAAGAAAAAGGGAAGUUAAAAAAAAAAAAAAAAAAGGGAAAAACCCCAACCCCCACCUAACACCAAACCCUAAAAUGGAUGACCAGGAUCUCUCUUUAAACUUCUGAAAGACUAAAUUACAUUGCUGAGUUUGACCUCACUUAAUUCUAAGGGCCUUCUGCUGCUGUGCCAUAGUCCUUUUCAUAAUAUAUAGUCUUACUCAAAGCAGAGGGAAUGAGAAUCCUCAUAGUCUAUUUAAAGGAUUCUAUCUCAUGUUCGUGGCCAUAAGGGGGGAAAAAAAACCCAACCUCACUUUGUUACCAUUAAUAUUGCAACUUAGCAGGAAAACAAAUCCACUAUAUUUGUGUGAAAAGCAAGUAAUUUGUUUGCCCCAUAACUGUGCCUUUUUUUUUGUUGUUUUUUUAAUUUUUGUUUAGUUCCCCUAUAAAAAGCCUACUGGGUGUUUUCCAUUUUCUUAAUGCACAGCAUAUUAUAAGGAGGGAGAGAAAGAUUAUCUUUUGACAGUUAAUCUUGUGUAAAAGGGCUCAAAUAGUACUUUCAGCUUUGUCAUUUUAAAUGCUGAUUAAUUCAAUCCUAGUUCAUUGCAGUGGCAUGGGGUCUGUACCUGUGUGACUGUGCCCAAAAGUAUGUGACAAACAUGCAACUAAUGGAUCUGUAAAGUGUUUUGAGAUGGUUUUGUUAAAGCAAAAUUCUAAUUAAGGACAAAAAUGUGUGUGAAAAUGAUGGAAUAAAUAUGUAGCUUUCAAGCUUGGGAAAAAAUCUUGUAUAACAGUCUUUCACUUAAAGUAGCCAGGAGGUAAUAUCAAGUACUGUCCUCAACUUACAGAAAUGUGCAUGAAAUGGGAUAGUGAAAUGGAGCUGAGGCCAUGAACUGACUACAGAAUCAGAAAAACAAAGUCACUUCUACCAAGGGGAAAAGCAAAAUCACCCUUCUGCCUGCAUUUAAGAUUUACCUCUGCAAUGAAAUGAUUGUGUAUGUAGCUUGGUACAAAAGCAUUCUAUUAUAUAAUCACAGUGGGAGGAACCUUCACAAUGUCAAAAGUAUGUUGUCUUAUUGAAGGAAACAGCCUAUCUAAACCCAAGUCAACGUAUAUGGUAAAAGUAGGUUUUGCCCUCAGGUUGGACAUGGAUAUAUCCCCCUCUCAAUUUUUAUUUCUUAGCCUAUUUUUUUCUCUGCCUUCUCUUGCAGAGAUCCUGCGAACAACAGUGAAUUCCAGUAAAAUGGAAUAUGAACAAAGCUGAUAUAUGGUAUAAGCAUACGAGAACCACAUUGGAAUGGUAUUCAAAUUUAAUUUUAGUUAGAGUGAUAUUAUUCUGUACAAGUGAAAAGCCAAGUAGCAAGCCAAAGGUAUUUUAGACAAAAUGCUUCCUCUGUUACUGCUUAAUUGUUACGUGUAACUGCAGUUAGCUUAAGAACCGGUCUACAUAUUCAUAUUCUUUGCUUUUUACUUCUCUGAGGUGUUUAACAGAUACAGAGGGCUGUUCACAAGAAAUACCACGUAACUGAGUUUUAUUUGCAAAUAUACAUUAAAUGAACUAAUAUCUAAUAUAGCACUGAACACAUACUGUUCAGAAAUAAAUAGUAAAGGAUGUUGUAUGAGCAGAAAAGCUUCAUACUUCAGAAGUGUUCUUUGAUUUCUUGAAAUGUAAGUCACACCAGAGAUUUAAUUCCUUAAGUUACACACUAAAAUGUAUGAAGAAUCACACUUUCUCUUCUAAAUGCAUGUAUAUAUAAAGUGUAACUUCUUCAGUAAGAUUGCAAUGAUCAUUUUCAUUUCCCCUUAAGAGACGGCACUAGAUGUAUUCUCAAAGAAUAGCUUAACUUGUUAAUUGAGCCGACAUAGAAAACCACUGUGCUAUAUGAAUGUCAGAAAGCAGUAUUUUGAAUAUGGAAAUUUGUCACUUAGAAAUGUCUAGACUGUAUAUUAGAUUUCCAUUAAGUUAGAGUGGGUUAGAAAGAAAAAAAAAAAAGGUUUAGAAAUCCAUAGUGGAAGUUACUGAGCUUACAACAUCAAUUUGCAAUGCUGUGGCCUCAAGUAAUCGGUGUAAGUUCAAACAAAUAACAGUGCUGCUAUGACUUUCCCAACAGACAGCACUGCUGGAAAUGCUUCCUAUACUUAGUAAGUAAAUGGGCUUUCCUGGGAGCAAAACAGAGAGUCUGACAGGUUGUCUUGCAGAAAGUAGCAGUGGUACAGGAUGAUUUUUAAGUUUGGCUUUCUUGAAUGUAAUAACAACCCAGGACUGCACAUCGUAAAGUAUUGCUGCAAAAAGUAGUGCAGGAGUUUCUUGCUGAUAACCUGGGUCCGUUGAUCGCCUUGCUUUGCUGGCAUAAAGAAGCCUUUGAAUUCUGCCAGCGGAGUUAGAACUAGCCAUUAGCAUCUAGGCAGUGCUGUCAGUUCACAUUUUAACUAUGAGAUUGCCUCUAAAAUCAUCUUCCAAUGAACUGAGCAAAGAAUCUCCUACAACAGCAAGUUUUACCAGGCCUGUACUUUGGAGGUUGUUGGUGUAUCAGGUUUUCUCAGCCUAAAAUGAAAAACGAGAAAGCAGUGCAGGAUUGCUAGAAAGCCUGCAGCCUUAGAGUCAUCUUAAUCCCUCAGUAUCUUCCACUGCUUCCCCCUCGGCCACAAGUAUGUCCCUGUUCAGCUGGGAUGGCAGGUGCUCAGCCUCUUCUGAGCGCUGCAGCCCUCCCUUUGCAGGAGCAGAACAACUCCCCAGGCUGAGCUCCUCUGGCAUGUGUAUUGGCAGCUGCUAAGGGACAGACACAAGGUCCUUUAACAACUGCACAUAAUUUAGAUGACUGCUCUGGAGAUGGUACCAUCUAAAUUAAUGAGUUCACCUUUUAGACAAUUGAUAAUUCAAUUAAAAUGUAAGGGAGAGUAAAUAGUAUGUGCUUAUAUGCACUCCUGCUGCAUUUGCUUUUUUGAUAAGAUUAAUUUCUUGCAAUUUCAGCAAAACUCAGAAAUGUUUCAUUACCAUUAUAAUGCCUGGUUUGUGUGUAUGUUCACAUUUCAGUAAUGACAACUCAGAUACAAAGACAGCACAGUGUAGCAACUGUUGUGUUAUCUGGUACUACGAAGACCAAUGGAAAAGUAGCUGUAAAGAAUAUGAAAAUAUGGUAACGUUAUUUCCAAGUGCAGAGAGUCUGCUGGGGAAGAGGGAGAGAGGAGGAGGACAGUGUUUCUUCUCAAUUAUGUGCCUGAUUCAACAAGGUACCUAAAUGCCAAUGACUGUUGUUGAUUUCAAUGAAGACAGCAAAGGGCAUCAGCAGCUUGUAUUUCACUCUAGGCUUACUUUGUGUACGAAUUCUUCAGUGACCCGAAGUAUUUCUACAACUGAAAUUUCCAUUGAAAACAGGUGCUUUAAAAUAAACUUAACUUCCUUAAUACGUGCAAACUCAAAAGUUCACAGUUAACCACUGAAAAGUGCAAAAGGCCAAAGAAAGGUGGAAUUAUGUCUGCUGGUAAAAGCUUCAGCCCAAAUGAAAAUUGUGGGAAACCGAGUGGCUAUAAAGAAAUAGGCUUGGGUAUGGUAGGUUAUGCAAAUAAAAUGACAAUGUAAUGUGAGGUUUUGAUAACAAAUCAGUCAGAGUAAACAGAAACAAACUAGUUUUAAAAUUGUACUGUGUUAACUUGAAAGCAGUACUAAGGAGAUCAAAAUUCCCCAAUUAAUUCUCCCUGAAAUUGUAGUUGCUAUGACAUACAGAUGGACUUCGAAGAGCAGCUGGCACUAUCUGCGUGCGUUUCAGGAAAGGAAAUCAUAAAAUGAGUUCUAUUUAGCGCUACCUGUCUUUGUGUGAUCCCUGGGGCAGGGUGUUUAUUAGAAAUAUCACUUGCUUUAACAGCUUUUCUCCCCCAUUCUCAGUGGUUGAUACUAUCCCAGCAAGGAAACCCUGGUGGCUUUCAGAACAGUAGCAGCAGAACUGGUGAUAUUUACUGAAUGUGAUGGACUAGAAGCUGGCUCAUUCUUGGUGGUUCUGUAUCUGGGCUUUGACAAUGUUCACUUUCUGCAGCUAUUUUGUAAUAACACCAUUGAUUUGUUGGUUAAAUCAUAAGGCUCAAAAGAACUGAAUUUCCCACUAGCAGGUGAGUUUUUCAAUUAAGCAUUUCUCUUCCAUUUUCGAUUUCCAUAAAAUGGAAACUACUUGUCCAAAAACCCACCCCAAAAUGGCCACUGAAUUUGAAGCUAGGACAUUUUUAUAUAUCUUAAAUUGUUUAUAAUUUUAUCUUCUAAUAGAUUUUAGUUAAAACUAUGGCUUUUUUAAAUUUUGAGUGAAUUAAUAUCUGCUAGGAACCGUUCCCAUAGUUGAGUUAAGCAAGAGCAACACAGAAAGUCACCUGCGUUUUUGUCAUGGUGAAUAACACUGCUUCCCAUGAACAGAAUUCUGAAGACUAACAAGUGUCUGCUCAUGUAAGUGCAGAAACACAUCUAGUUUUUUGGAGAGUCCUUAGCUCUGAUUGCUGAGGAAAUGGGAUAAUUCCAUGCAGCAAAACUAAGUCUUUUUUUCUAGUCAAGGCUUACUUGGAUUUUUUAGGUUUUUCCCAUUCCCCAGCUGAAGUUUCCUGUGUCUUGUAACCAUUUAACAUAUGUUACUAACCAUCCAUUAUGUCCUGCUUUAUUCUCUUUCAGAUGAAAGAGCCAUGUAAAAAAAGAAUUCGCCAACCCCUGUGACUGAAUUUGAGCGAUAAUGUCAAUAGAAUUAACAACAUUGCCAUUGUUGAAUGGUCUCCUGUGGCUAUAUAAACAUCAAGGAGAGAAAUGACUAAUGUGGAUGUUGCGCAGAAACUGUUUGUAAUCCCUUGUAUCACAAAACCAUUGACAAUGGCUGCACUGCAGGAGCCGGAGCUGGUCAGUUAGGGCAUACAGAUAUAUGCUUCCACCUUGCAACUGCUGGCUUCAGGCCUGGACCCUCACUCUGUCUCCCUGAUGCUGAUGAACAUCAUACCUUUGGACAAUGGCCACUGCAAGUGAGAAGCUGUUGAGAAGGGCUGAUCCCCCUUUCCCCAGAUGCUUCACCCAGUUUCUUCAGCUCUCAGGAGUCACUGGAAGAAAGAAACAGUCUCCUUCCAGAGAAUUAAGAUCACCAGUAAAGCUCUGAAGCGAUGUGAUCAUGUGGAUAUGGCUGAACAUCACUGAAAAGAAGUUUAAGUGAUACAAAGCAACUCUUAGGAGAAAAUCUGAAGGCUGGGACGAGGAACUACAGAAGUCAGCAGUUAAACUCCUUGACAAUAUGAUGCAAAGGGAGGAGAAGCAGUAGUUCCAUCCUGGAGAGGAAACACAAGGCAAAGAGCCCCAGCCAUUGCUGCAGAUCCUUCCUCUCUUUGUCCCUUUGGACAUCAAAGGAUAGCAAGGGGACAGCCCUGGAGAGAAGCUCCUCCCUGCCCGUUAGCCUCCAUAAAACAGGAACUCACCUUGGCUAGCUGUGCUUGGAGUGCCAUCCUCAUCCCGGUCACUCUUGACACUGGAUCUCAGAAGGAAGGGCUUUUGCUUGCUUCAGGAAAUCAGACCUACUUUUGAACUGGACUAUUUUGGCUCCCCUUGUAAGAACUCUGGUGACUCUUUUGGCCGUGCAAGCUCCUAGACUCCACAGUACAUGGAAAAAUGCAAGCUUUACCAGAUGUGAAAGCACCAUGUGAGGCACUUCCUUCUCCCAGCCUGGAGCCCUACCCACAGAGCUCCAUUGUGGUCACCCUUGAGGACAUGGGUCUCUGGAUGAAGUUUCAUCAGAUAGGAACUGAGAUGAUCAUCACCAAAUCUGGCAGACGAAUGUUUCCACAAUGCAAAAUCAAAGUCUCUGGCUUAAUCCCAUAUGCCAAGUACCUCAUGCUGGUAGAUUUUGUGCCAAUGGACAACUUCAGGUACAAGUGGAAUAAAGAUCAGUGGGAAGUUGCUGGAAAAGCAGAGCCCCAGCUCCCUUGUCGCACCUAUGUCCACCCAGAUUCCCCAGCUCCUGGCAGCCACUGGAUGAAAGAACCUGUCUCCUUCCAAAAACUGAAGCUCACCAACAACACUCUGGAUCAACAUGGGCAUAUCAUCCUUCACUCCAUGCACCGUUACAAGCCUCGCUUCCACAUUGUGCAGGCAGAUGACCUCUUCAGUGUCCGCUGGAGCAUCUUCCAAGUCUUCAGCUUCCCUGAGACUGUCUUCACUUCUGUUACUGCCUACCAGAAUGAGCAGAUUACAAAGCUCAAGAUUGACAACAAUCCAUUUGCUAAAGGUUUCCGAGAGCAUGGGAAGAACACUCGAAGGGAAGGACGAGCCAAAUGCCAGAAGCUUAGUCCAGCCAAGGGCCAGAAGAGGAAGCUGCCUGAGGAAAAGGAGUCUGGAGCUGAGGAACGAGAUUUUGAGAAGGAUGAGAAUGUAGAUGUGAAGGAAGAGAGUAACCCCGUUGUGGUCAGCAGCGGAUACCCGUUCUGGGUCUCGGAGCAGAAUGGCAGCCAUACCUUUCCUGCAGCGUCGCCGGUGCCACCUGACCAGAGGGAGGGGCUGGGCAGAGAGCAGCAAGUGCCUACAGCAUCCUACCAGACAUAUCGGUUCCACGAAGCUGGGGACAGCCAGCAGCUUCCCACCCGCGAUGCAGCAAGCUUGAAUGAUUUCCGGGCAAGGUGCCAUGCCUUGGAUCUCGCCACAGUGCCCGAGCACGACUCCAAACAACUCCCAGAGGGCUUCACCAACCUGCCUCCGCUCCCCCCACCUCUGCCUCCUCCCCAGGACUACACAGGAGUGGUGAACAUGGCUCUAGACUCUGUUGGGAAACCUGGGGCCCGAGCGCCCAUGUACAGUCCCUAUGGCACCGAGCAAGGGCUUGGCCAGUGGAUGGUGCCUUCCCACAGCCAGUACAGGGCAAUGAGCUACUCAGCCUUCUCCACAGAGUACAAUACACAGGCGGCUCCUGGACAUGCCCAUGGGACCAUGGCAGAGUGGAGCCAGUACCCUCUGUUCCCCUAUGCCUGCUGGUGAACAGGGAAGACCCUUCCCAAUGAAAAAACUGCAAAAAAAUUGUAAAUGAGUUCCAAUUUGCUCUGGGGUGUUGACUUUUUGAAGCCUUGCCUACACUAGGCAAAGAGCUAUGGCUGCAAGUGGUAGCAUGGGACACCUUCACUUCCUUGUCUCCUUGCACAACAACCCUCACUGUAUUUCACAAGCAAUGGCUAAACUGGUGGCUGCCCUUGGCGUCUCAGUGGGGGUCUGGCUGAAUCAAUGUGUGCUGCAGUGGUGUUUUUUUUCCCAGCAGGAGUAGGAAACCACAGGAGCUGCAAGAGCAGAAUUCACAGAGCUGCGGAACUCCCAGUCCCAGGCUGUUUGCACCUUGUAGUUGGCAGUUUCCAAGAUCUCUUCCUCCCAGGACUUGCGUGCAAGGAGAUAGGGGCUGAGGAGUUUCAGUAAACUGUCCAGGUGGUCAAGAAGCUGUAGAGAAUUGUUGCAAAGAUGACCAAAAGAAGCAAUCCCAGUGUCCCCUAGAGCAGUUUCCUCACUUAGUGUAGUCAAACUAAAGCUAGAGUCUUGCCUUUCUUCCAGCAGCGGACGAGAGUCAAAUACGCAGCACCAUGUGUGUGUCUGGCACGUAGCAAUGGGUCAUGCGGGCAGGGAGGAGCUUGUCCUGUGCCCGAGAAGUGGCAGCAAGGCUGCAUGUUCUGUCUGUGUGUCCCCCUGCCCAUCCCUCUUCUGUCACCCCUAGAUUUGAGGUUAGUGACACACUCUUCUUUCUGCCAGGGGUGGAGGGAGGUUGCUCACAGAAUGUGGGGGGCUGCGCUGGGGGUUUGCAAAGGCCUGCAGCUGUCAGAAAAAGGGUCACGAACAGCGGUGCUGGCUGUGUCACUCCCCCCUCUUCCUUUUGAGGGAAAGGGCAUCUUUCACUGUAAACUUCAUCCUUCUCCCACCCCUUGGCACCCCUGGAGAAUAUAACUUAUAGUUGUGGUUACUGUGCUGUGCUCUGGGUGAGCUUUGUCAAUAGACAGUUCUCACCAGCCUGGCAGUACUCAUCAGGCAUAUAUUUUAAUUAUUCCCCUGUAGGCACUGAGCUGUGUGCUGCAUCGCUGGUGUGCUCAGCAGCCCCAGGCUGGUCGGCAAAGUCGUCUUGCUGUUGUUUGGGAGUUUGUAGGGAUCUGCCUCCACAUUUAGUUAUCAGAGCAGUUUCACCUCCCUUACCGCUGUGGUCCCAUCAUGGGGAGGAGCUGUUCGGCCAGCCAGCAGCCUGUGUGCUGCCUCACAAAGAGGGUUUCUUCUUUUCUUAGUGUUAGAAGGGGGAAGCAUCCCUGUUUGCCUAAGUGGCUGAAUGGCCCUGGCAAUGGGGUCUUGUUUGAGACAGGCUCUUUGCUCCUCAGGGAGGCUAGGCGUGUUCCUGGGUGUUAUUUACAGAAUGUUUUCUUGUAACACUUUAAAUAAACUGCUGUGUGGCCUGUAGCCAUCAGUAGGCGGUGAGGUGUGUCAUUUAGCAUGUAUGCCAGAUGGUUUUCUGUGUGUGUGUGUGUGUGUGUGUGUAGCAAGAUGUUGUUCCUGAGCAGACCUGUGCGGGUUUGUGAGCGGUGCAUCAGGACCGGUGUGCAGGUACACCGGGGAAGGCUGUGUGCUGCUCUGUUUGGGUACCAGGUCGGCACUGUGUGUGUGUGCAUAGCAUAGAGAUGUCAAACCACAUUUAUUAUUGUUAAAAUUAUGUUGAAAAGUAGCCCUACAAAUUUUUGAAACUCAACUACAAUGACUGUUUCCCUAUUUAAAUCAUAUAUUGCUAACUGCUUUUGUACCACAAUUAUGGUACGGACAGAGCUGCCCAGUACUUCCAGUCAGCUUCACAGCCACGUGAAGACGUGCAGAGUUUACCUAAAGGCCAGACUUCUCCACAGCGUUUCUGACCAUUAACAGUUGAUUUUGCCACCGCUGUUUUCUACAUCUUGGAAAUCAGGUGAGCAGGCUGAGCCCCAUGUGCAGGGACCCUGGGGGUGGCACUUUUCUGCAAGGCAGCCCUGCUGGUACCUCGCCGCCAGGGCCGUGCUAACAAGAAAAGAGAAAGUAAUACACCCCCUGCACAGGCUCCUUGGUUAGAUUAGUUUCUUUAUCUCUGAAGUUCGGUUGUAUUUCCCUCUGUCACAGGGUGCUGAUGAGGAUGAAAGCCGUGCUGCGGUGAGUGUGAGUAACUGAGGAGGCCUGGGCAGCACAGGGAAGCUCCUGUGCAAAUAUGGGUGUAGUGUUCUUUUUUUCAAACCUUCAGAGUCGCAUAUCAAGUGCUGCUGCCCCAUGGGCCUGUUGGGAGAGCUGGUUUGGCAGAUGGCUCUGCACUGUGGUAAAAGACUCAGCCUUGUGCCUAGGACGAGCCUUUAAUUACUCAUCAGCCUUCUGUUGCAACAGGACUCCUUGCCUGCUUGGGUGAAUCAUCCAGCUUAUUAGAAAAGUACCUUUACUUUCCUUGCUUGUCUGUCUCUGGUUAGAGACUGCGGCUUGGCUGGUUUGUGAAGCCUUUGGAAAUUCUGCCCGUAGGUGUGUGCUCUGGACUCUGCUGCCACCUCCUCCCUUUGCAGUUCCCACUGUCUUGUUUUCUUCAGCUGUGGCAUUUAAAAGUCUGUAUAAGCUCAACUGAAACGCUGUUUUUGCAUGCGUGUGAGAUAAUGUAAUGCCUCUCUGACAGCUUCAAUAAAAGGAAAUGAGACAUGUGGAAGGCAGACCAUUAAGAGCAAUAAAAUAAACUCUAAAGUGUGGGGUUUUUGUGCAUCUCUCUCAAGCACACCAGUGGCUCUGCUUUAGUCAUGUUACCUGGGGCCAGUUUGUACAUGCAUGACACACUGUUGAUCUUGUCGUUCAUUGUUCUCUGCAGCAUAUUCAGUGAGCCCCAGGUUAUCUGCUUGCAUUGCUAGAUGUGACUCAGUCUCUUGCAGUAAUUCUUUGCAGCAAAUUGUUUAUUUUCUCUGCGUUUUCUGCUCCUGUCCUGCAGAGGAGUUACAUAAGGAUGAGGGCAAAUGGACUAUAAAUGGGAUCUAGGUAAAUUUCCUAUGGGAAAUAAAGAUCCUGAUUUAUUUUGGUUUCUCCUACUGGUUUUUGCAGCCUUAAGCCUUGUCUGACACUGCUUCAAUGCAGAUGGGAAUGGCAGAGAAAUGCUUUCUUGCCAAUGCUGCAGUUCUUCCACAGCCAGCAUGUCCCAGUGAGCAGCCGUAGGCUCGGCAGAGGCACCUGUGAUGGUGGCUCCCUGCAGUGCAGCAAAGUACCCACCUCUCCCCAUGCCUCUCAGAAGACACAGUGAGUCCUCCCAGGGGGCCCAGGUCCCCUCUUGCCUGGCCCAGGAUGUGGCCUCUGUGUUUGUACCCACUGUGUCACCCUCUGGCUCUGUGCAAGAAGCUACCAGCUGGUUUCAGUAAGAGCUUAUCUGUUUUCCAGGUGCUGGAGGGAGAGAGAUGUGCUCAGCUGGUGCAAAUCAAACUCGCUGUCUGGUGCCAUCAGAGCAGCCUCCUUGGCCCAGCUGAGCCCGGCGGGAGCACUGCUCACUGGCACCUUCUGUGGUGCCUGGUGUCAGUGAGUCCUCAUGUGCCUGGUGUGGGGCAGGGUCUGCUUGCCCCCCGUGGGGGCUUGGUGGGGGCCCAGGGAGGUGCCUUGCCUGCAGAGAGAAGCAUGAGGGUAUCCUGGGGAGCAGCAUUUCUGUGCAGAAGAGGACUGGGGUACUUGAACUGCUUUGUAGCUGGACAGCCAGGCUGAGCCAGCCUCAUUGCUUCUUUUGGGUUGACCCAGCUGCCCAGCUUGGGGGUGUCUGUCAUUUGGUCCUUGGUGAGCCUCCCAGGAGACUCCUGCAGUGCACUUCCUUGGUUAGUGUAUGCACCUUAAGCAAAUAGAAGCAAGCAGCACAAAUGCCCUUCCAGGAAUAAUAACAUUCUUCAAGUCAAAUGGGUUUUUAUUGCAGAGCUUAAAAGCCACUUAAUUCGCCAGCCCCAGGUUGGGAUCCCAUACAGAGCCUCUUAGCAGGGGGGAUGCAGCAUUUGGCUGACAACAACAAACAGCAGCCAUCACCCGCCGUGCGUGCGGGGCUGGACCGGCACAAAGCCAAAUUCCUCCUGCCCGGGAGCAGCAGGCAGCUGCCAGCCCCCCUCUCCCUGCUCCUCAGCAGCCAUAUGUGUGGGGUGCAGGUAUCUUCACUUACCUGCUUCCCCACCCUCAGCCUGGAUUUAAUUUGUAAAUGGCCAAGAGCAAAGAGAGAGGGGGUAAAACUGGCCAGGGCCAGGAGAAGGGAGGACAAAGGGGUUUCCCCAAAGCAUGGGGAGGGGUUGGUCUCUGGUAUUUUCCCCUUCUGCCCUGAGUGAUGCCUGCCCAAAGCCCACUCAGGGACUGGCUGGGCUCCUGCAGUGCCCGGAGGCAGGACUUAGCUGCGGUUUCGUGGCGGCUCUAUGGGGUGCUUGUUUCUGCCUGUUUCUCUAGGGCUCGGCUGUUGGUUCCCCUGGCUGUGAGAAGCAGGCGUGCUGCUGGCCUGGCUCCUGGGGCUCCAGGUGUAUGACUACAGUGUUCCUGCCCAGGUAGUGCUCUGCUUGGCCAGCAUUGAUACCACAGACACUGCUGUGGAGGUCUGUGGGCUACUGUUGCUGUACAGCACAAACCCAGCACCUUGUCCCACUGCUUGGAGAGCUGUUUCCACCCUAUCACCCACCUCUGCCUCUAUCAGAUGGUCACUAGUGACUUUGAAGGUGGGUCACUCGGUCUCAUAUAGGUAGGAGCUGCUACUGAGUACUGGCAGUAACCUUUACAUUGCUACUAGGGUAUGUCCUGCAGUUCAGGAUGGGUUCAGGUAGAGGUUUCCAAUAGUGCCAAUACCCUGUGUGUGCUGGUCAGACCUGUGUUAGCCCAUCCAGCAGAAUCCCAGACCAGAGCCAGUUUUAGCUUUUCCUUUUCAGACUGACUCCCCACCCCCCACACUGUGCCCCACGUCCAGGCCAAGGUACUAUUUCUUGCAGUGAAAUUAUCUUUUGUUUCUCCACAGUGCCGAGUAGUCACGGCUAUUCCAGGUAGCUGGGGGCAGCGGGAGGUAUUUGAUCUUUGAGGGAUGUGGCUCUUUCUUACAUUAAGAAGACAACAUCUGAUGAAUCACGUUUCCUUUGUGCCAUGCAGCGUUAGGCUGGAUGCUCAGCAGGAAACCAGCCCAGUGCUGCGUGUCUAUCAGUUGUCACUGCAGACCCGGAGCCAGGUCACCAGCUGUGAUACCUGGAAAGAGAAAAGCUGUUUCUCUUCAAGGUCAGUGGAUUAAUGGUAUCACUGGUUGUGAGAGGAGGGCAAAAAAGACACAGUCAAAGAUUACAGAAAUGGAUUCAGCAUGCAGAAUUCCCAGUGAGAGUCCCUGAACUACCUCAUGAAAUCCAGAUCAAA